CAAACUGAGCAUGCUCCGCCAUACAUUGUAACAGCUAUGUCCAGAACAGAAGCAAUCAACUCAACAAGGUCUUCUAUAACUACAAUACUUGGCUGUGGGAAUGCUCUUGGCACACAAAUCCCACCAUUCUUUGUAUUUAAAGGGCAAAGAAUGAGGAAAGAACUCCUUGAGGGAUCAACACCGGGCUCUAGUGGCACAGUUACUGAUUCCGGUUGGUCAAACUCUGAUGUGUUCCUUGAAUAUCUACAGGAACAUUUCAUCAAAUAUGUACAACGUGGAAACAAGGAACAGCCAUUGCUACUUAUUUUUGAUGGACACAGAUCACACAUCAACAUGCCAGUUAUUGAAUGGGCACAACACAACAACAUUUUGCUCUUUGUGUUACCAGCACACACAAGUCAUGCACUGCAGCCACUUGAUGUUGGCUGUUUUGGCCCGUUGCAAAAGAUUUAUGAGUGCCAUAAAUUUCUCAGAGAAUGCCCAGAGACAAAAAUCACUCGGUAUAAUGUUGCAGCGCUUGGGUCUUCAUCUUAUGUCAAGGGCUUGUCUAAUUCAAACUUGAGGUCAGCAUUUGAGAAGACGGGCAUAUACCCUUUCAACCCAAGUGCAAUCAGCGAUGACCAGUUUGCACCAUCAAAGCCUUACUCAGAUGAAUUGAAACUCACUGAAACCCAAGAGAGUACUGCAAAUUGCCAACAUGGAAAUGAAAACACAUGUAGGGAAUUCUUCAGAGCAGCAGAAGAGUUUGUGGAGAAAAAAAAGGUGACAUAUAACAGUAAAAAACACAAUAAAGGUAUAAGUGGUGUUGUAGCUGGAAAGGAAAUAACAAAUCAUAACAUUGUAAAUGAAAUAGCUGAAAUUCAAAAGUCAAAGCCUAACAAGCAAAAGCAGAAAAUGUCAAAGAGUCUGCGUGCAUCUAGUUCAGAACCGAAGAAAAGGAUGACAAGUAAAGUACCCUCUGUGUCUGAACAUGUUGAAAGAAAGAAAAGAAAACUUGACUCUGCAGCUUCAUCACAAAAACCAGGUCCAUCUGGAUGCCAGAUUAUUCCAGUUAGUGACAGUGAGUCUGAUCUUUCAGCUGAAGAGGAGAUGUCUGCAGAUGACUUGUGCUGUGUAUGCAAGCAAUUCCAGCCAAAGGAAAUGAAAAACUGUGUAUCUCUUGUAUUUGUCAAGUGGGCUAAAUGUGAUGUUGAAGACUGUCCACACUGGACCCACUUGAAAUUCUGCUGUAACACUUCAGUUAUCAGAUUGAAUGACACCUUUUACUGCCCUUGUCAUAACAAGCCUAACACUGAAGAAUAAACUCAAAACUGUUUCAAAAGUCAUAAUGCUUACAGUCAUGUAACAUUUCAAUGACAAUAUUGAAUACCUAUGUUGAACCUAACUGUAGUUUAUGUUUUGUUAUAAGCAAUUUCAUUGGUGGUUCGAAAACAGGUACUUGUUUAUGACGCCAUAUUGGUUUCACAUGGGUUUGGAAAAUGCAAUUUAUUCUGCAUGCUGUUAUGCAGACUUUUUUUCUUGAGCAGGAAUAAAUGUGAGAAUGAGUACUUUACAUGUUUGUUAAACCUUAUUAUGUUGACAAAAUAUUUAAAUGCAGAUAAACCUGGCAUAUUUCUUAGAGGUCCGAAAACAGGUAUUUCCACGGUAGAAAUUAUAUAUAGAAGAACAGUAACUCUGUAUGGCACGGCCGCGAUUGACCUUGACCGUUGACAAGUUGAUGUUGUUUUAGUAAAAUCAUCGGAAAGCAAAGGAAUUAACGCAUUUGUAAGACAGCAGUUUGUUGUAGGAUUAUUUAAUCUAUCUGCAAGAUAAAGGAAUUAACAGGAAACGGACUAAAGCGGAAGUUUUAAAAGACAUUUCUGACAUCGUCUAAAUUAUCUGAUGAUUUUUCGAAAGGAUGGAACUUAAAAGUUUUUCAAAACCAGUUCAUAACCUGUAUAAAUGAGCUUCUGUGUUUUGUGAUUCUGUCAAAAUACAUUUCAUUUUUCAUUUUAUGGCUGGUAUUAAUCAACUAUAAUC